AGAGUUUUGAAAGUGAUGCGCGUGGGGAAGAAGCAGAGGAUGGGCAGGCUCACAUUAUUCUAAAUGUUUCAUUAGGUCAACACGACCUAAACUUUUUUUUUGCAAAUAAUAAGAACUCAUUUACCAAGUAAAGAUGGAGCAAGGACUAGAAAUGUCAGCAAUGAUUCCUGCACUGCAAGAAUUAGCAAGUGCCAGUUCGGUUGAGUACAACCAGGCAGUGCAGAAACCUCGUCAGAUACUUUGUCAGUUCAUUGACAGGAUAUUGACAGAUGUUGAUGUCGUUGCUCUGGAGUUAUGCAAGAAGAGCAGUUCUGAGCCAGCGUGUGUGAUGCUGUUAGACUUUGUGCAGCACAUUAUUAAAUCCUCUUCACUGAUGUUCAUAAACCCAGCGUGCCUUUCUGAUCACUUCAAAAACUCAGAGAACAGCUGCACUGAUUUCACUAAAUGGAUCAUUAAUCGCCUCUUACGAAUUGCUGCUUGCCCAGAAUGUGAAGACCUUCACAUGAAGAUCUCCUCAGUCAUCUGUUCAUUGCUUCAUCUAUUCAGAGCCAAGGCUCCAGUCGUGUUUAGCCUGUUUUCCACUGAGCUGAUUUGUCUAAUACAAGAUCUGGUGCAUAAGAACCUCAUGACCCGACCAUCACCACAGUGGCCAGUGGUGGUGGAGCGAUUCUCCAUCAAGUCUGGAGAGUCUGCCGUUUACUUGACUCCCACUAUCCUCCAGCUGUCCUCUCUAUCCUCAACUCAGGCAUUGUUAGCAACAUCAUUAAGAGUUCUGACAGAUGUUAUUCAAGGCCUUUUCUUUCCAAGAGAAGUGGGCAUUAUAUGGGACUCUACCUGUCUCAUGCUGUCUAAUGGAAGCCCCAAGCUCAAGGCAGUGUCCAUGGUGCUUUUAACUCGCAUUGUGACUCUAGGAGGCUUCCCCGAAGACCAUUCACAGCCCUUUUUCUCAGCUUUUUUGCAUGUCCUGGACUCAUUACCUGCUUUUGAUGAAUCAGAGCUUGGUGUGUUCAGUAGGGAGUUUCAGCAGCUCUCUCGAUGCAUUUUCCAGCAUGAAGAAGGAGCUCACAGCAGGUUUGAGAGAGUCCAUCUGAACAUGCUGAUGGAGAGGCUUGAGAAACUGGUUGUUAUUGGGGCACUGGAGCACUUGAAGGUUAAGGAGGUGAAAGCUACGCUUUGUGAAGUCUUCUGCUUUAUCCUGGGGUUUGUUCCUCCUGGAUAUGAGUGUGCUUUGCAGAUCCGGAAGGAGAGAGUUGCAGCAAUUUGCAAAGCUCUGAUUAAGACAAUUGGAACCAAGGACCAGCAUGAGCAAAGCUUAGAAGGCUACCUGUAUGCUGCCCUGAAGACAGACGCCAUCGCUGCAAUGCAGGACGUUCAGGCCAGUGUUUCUGAUCCUGCUGAUCCCAGAAUGUAUGAAGAAGAGCUUCCAGCCAAAAGACCAAACCUCUCUCUUCCAACCCAACUGAGGAGCAGGGACAAAACUCAGCCAAUGCAGGUGGACAUGAAGAGCAGAAGUGAGGUUUGGGCAGCUGUAGACUGUCGUCUGGAGGAGUUACUGACACAGAUGAGAAACCAUACAGUGAGCCAAUGCGUGAGUGCGGUUCAGGGACUUGCGGUGAUCUUUCAUCUGGCCGCACUUUGCUCAGAACACUCUCUGAAGGGACCACAGAGAGGAGAGAAGUCAUCAGAGUCCUCAGUUGUAGCUCAGCUCAUUUGGUUAAAGCCUCAGAUGUUGGCACAAGUUGUGGAGAGCUGCCGCACCGUAUUGGCAAACAACUAUAAUGAAGAGCAUCUGGAGCAUCUGGUGGAGGGAAUUGUCAGGAUUCUUGAUGCUGUUCUCUACCUUAGCACCAACAGUGAGAGUGAUAAAAGUUUCCACAGGAACAUUUGUGCUCUGCUGUCAGUUCCAUGGGUGCUUGAGCACUCCUCACAAAGUGUUUAUCAGACGGCUUCAUUUCCUGCAAGUCUGAUUGCUCUCUCCCAGAAACUCGCUCCUGUCUACAAUGCUCAAACUCGAGCACACUGUGUGUUCCUGCUUGCCCCGCUGUCGAAGAGUGUGUGUGGUGACUGGAGGUCAUCAGUUUACCGUUGGGCCCUGCAAAGUAAGAGUGAAGCUGAGCGGGCCAGUGCCGUCAGAGGCUUCCCCAUUCUGCUGCACCAGCUAGGAGUCAAAUCCAACAGCCUCAUCCACGAGGCCCUUCUGAACAGACUCCAGGACAGCUCAACAGAAGUGAAGACUGAGCUGGCUGGUAUAACAGGGCAGCUGGCCUGCUGUUUGUCUGAGAGCUCACAACUGCAGUUUCCUCAGGAGACCAUGCCAUCACAUCAACUGCUCUGCUCUGGUCUCAGCAUUUCAGACUUUCAUUCCAGUCAGACCUCCUCCAUCGGAACCUCCAUCCUCACCCCAUUCCUUCAGCUGCUCAAACCUGUGGAGGACAUGAAGGUUAAGCAAGCUUUUAUCAAGAAUAUCAGGCACUUGUUCAAGCAUGUGGAUCUGGGUAACACCGACCCUGAUACCAAAGCUUUGGUCAAUGCUUUGGUCAACCUCAUUGAAGACCCUGACCAAGAGGUCCGAAUAAUGUUUGGCCAAAACAUCAAGAAUCUUCUAGAGUUUUGGAAUGGAAAUGGCUUCCUGAAAGAGCUUCUUGUGUCCCGGCUAAAAGAAGCAUACACCAAUGCAAAGACCUCCAGAAACAACGAACUGAAAAACACACUUAUAUUAACCACUGGAGAAAUUGGGAGGGCUGCAGAAGGCAACCUGGUGUCAUUUGCUCUGCUUCGCCUCCUGCACUGCCUGCUCUCAAAGUCCAAUCCGGUGUCAGUAGCAGCCUAUACAGAGAUCCAGGCAUUAGCCACUUGUAGAGACCUCAAACUGCAGUCCUUCUUCAGCCAGUACAGGAACCCAAUCUGCCAGUUUUUGGUGGAGUCUCUGCACUCGCGUCAUGUGACGGCUCUGCGCUGCACGCCGGAUCAGAGCAGCGAGGCUCUGCAGGAAGAGGCGGCCCAUCAGCGAGAGCUGGCACUGGACAUCCUGUCUCAUGUGGCGCACGUCUUUGACUUCCCUGACCUUAAUCGUUUCCUCAAUCGGACAUUACAGGUCCUUCUGCCUUUUUUGGCGGCCAAAGCCAGUCCUACAGCUUCCGCCUUGAUCCGCACCAUUGCCAAGCAGCUGAAUGUCAACCGCAGGGAAAUGCUCAUCAAUAACUUUAAAUACAUAUUCUCCCAUCUCGUGUGUUCAUGUUCCAAAGAGGAGCUGGAGAGAGCCUUUCACUACCUUAAGAAUGAGACAGAAAUUGAACUGGGCAGCCUGCUGAGGCAGGAUUUCCAGGGUCUUCAUAAUGAGCUGCUUUUGCGUCUUGGAGAGCACUACCAACAGGUCUUCAAUGGACUUGCUAUUUUAGCUUCUUUUGCCUCCAGUGAUGACCCCUACCAGGGCCCAAGAGAAAUCACCACCCCAGGAUGCAUGGCAGAUUAUCUGCAGCCUAAGCUUCUGGGCAUCCUGGCUUUCUUCAACAUGCAGCUGCUGAGCUCUAGUGCUGGAGAGAAGGAAAAAAAGAAAAUGGCUCUGAACAGUUUAAUGUCCCUGAUGAAGCUGAUGGGUCCAAAGCACAUCAGCUCAGUUCGAGUGAAGAUGAUGACCACUCUCAGAACUGGCCUGAGAUACAAGGAUGACUUCCCGGAGCUCUGCUGCAGGACAUGGGACUGUUUUGUGCGCUGUCUUGACCCGUCAUAUCUGGGUCCUCUUUUGAGUCAUGUAAUCGUGGCUCUGUUACCUCUCAUCUCCAUCCAGCCUAAAGAGACGGCGGUGAUCAUGCACUACCUCAUAGUGGAGAACAGGGAGGAAGUUCAAGACUUUCUUCAUGAAAUCUAUUUCCUUCCUGACCAUCCAGAACUGAAAAUCAUUCACAAAGUCCUUCAGGAUUAUCGUAAGCAAACCUCAAAGAGCACUGACAUGCAGGCAGCGCUGCAGCUGUCCAUGCGAGCUAUCCAGCAUGAGAAUGUAGACGUACGCAUCCAUGCACUCACCAGCCUGAAGGAGAUGAUAUACAAGAACCAGGAUGCUCUGCUAAAGCAUGUUUUGGACAGUGAGAUGGUGGAGCCGGUGAUCUCUCAGUUAGUGACGGUGUUGCUGCGCGGCUGUCAGGACGUCAAUACUGAAGCCAGGCUUUUGUGUGGGGAAUGCUUGGGGGAACUGGGAGCCAUUGAUCCUGGGCGACUGGACUUGUCACCGGCUGACACUCAGGGAACUGGCUCUACGUUUGUGAGUGGGAUUGAUGAUCCAAACUUUGCCUAUGAGCUGCUGACAGAGCUGACCAGGGCUUUUCUGGCCUAUGCAGAUGACGUGAGAGCUCAAGAUGCGGCUGCAUAUGCUAUGCAGGAGCUUCUGUCAUUAUUUGAAUGUCGGGAGGGCAGGACUGACUCUUCAGGUCGCCGUCUGUGGAGAAGGUUCCCAGAGCAGGUUCAGGAAAUCCUGGAGCCACAUCUGAACACCAGGUAUAAGAGCUCUCAGAAGGUGGUGAAUUGGUCAAAGUUGAAAAAGCCGAUAUAUCUCAGCAGCCGCGGAAGCAAGUUCUCUGACUGGUCUGCAACAUGGGCCGGAUAUCUCAUCAGUAAAGUUAGACAUGAACUUGCUGGGAAAGUGUUCAACUGUUGUAGUUUCAUCAUAAAGCAUGAUUAUAAAGUGACCAUAUACCUGCUGCCGCACAUUUUGGUCUAUGUGCUGAUUGGAUGCACUCAGGAGGAGCAGCGAGAGGUGACUGAAGAGAUCAUGGCUGUCUUGAAGGAGGGUGACCCACGGUUAGUGCGACUGCAGGAAAAUGCCUCCAGUCUGAGUCAGCUCAGUACACAGACCGUUUUCUCCAUGCUGGAUCAUCUCACUCAGUGGUCCCGCCACAAACUGCAGACCUUGAGCACCAACAAGCGGACAGGAAAAAAUGCCAGAGAACAGCCACCAGCUACAGGUCCAGAGAACAGCGAGUAUCAAAGUGUAGUAGCUUUCCUCAACAGUAUUCCUCAGGAUGUGCUGGCCAAGGCCUCCUUCCGCUCCAGAGCUUACACUCGUGCCGUCAUGCAUUUUGAGUCCUUUAUCCGGGAGAAGAAGCAGAACAUCCAGGACCAUCUUUCAUUCCUACAGACUUUGUAUGCAGCCAUGCAUGAGCCAGAUGGAGUGAGGGGUGUGAAUGCUCUGAGGAAAGAGGAACCGUCGUUGAGAGAGCAGAUCCUGGAGCACGAGAGCAUCGGGCUGCUGCGUGAAUCCACCGCCUGCUAUGACAGAGCCAUCCAACUCGAGCCAGACCAGCUUGCGCAUUAUCAUGGAGUUAUGAACUCUAUGUUGGGCCUUGGUCAGCUCUCCACAGUAAUAACACAGGUCAAUGGAGUUCUGGCAAGCAGGCCUCGAUGGAAGUCUGAUCUGAAUGCCUAUCGAGUCGAGGCUGCAUGGAAGCUGUCAAAAUGGGACUUAGUUGAAGACUAUCUUGCUUCUGAUUGUAAGUCCAGCACAUGGGGUGUCAGACUCGGCCAAAUGUUGCUGGCUGCCAAGAAGCAAGAUUCAGAAGCGUUCUAUGAAAAGCUGAAAAUAGCCAGGAAAGAACAAGUCGUCCCUUUAUCAGCUGCCAGUUUUGAGUGUGGCACCUAUCAAAGAGGAUAUGAGUACAUAGUCAGGCUGCACAUGCUGUGUGAGUUGGAGCAUGUUUUUACGGAGCUGCAGAAGGAAAGCUCAGAAGCUGGUAGAUCGAAGAAACCUGAGCCCAAACUCAACUGGGAUGCCCACCUGCUCAUGACCCAAAACUCAUUCAGAGCCAAAGAACCUGUGCUGGCCCUGCGGAGAGCCCUUCUCAGCCUCAGCAAAGGGUCUUCGUGUGAGGAGCAGGUUGGCGAGUGCUGGCUUCAGAGCGCUCGUGUGGCCAGAAGAGCUGGACAUCACCAGACGGCCUUCAACGCCUUGCUCAAUGCAGAGAACUCCCACCUCUCUGAGCUCUUCAUCGAGAAAGCCAAAUGGCUCUGGUCAAAGGGUGAUGUGCAUCAAGCUCUGAUAGUCCUGCAGAAAGGAGUGCAGCAGUGUUUUCCUGAUGACCAGACGCUCACAGACCCCAAGAGAAUCCAGGUCAAGGGAAACGCCAUGCUGCUGGUGGGCAGAUAUAUGGAGGAGACAGCCAACUUCGAGAGCAAUGCGAUUAUGAAAACCUAUAAGGAUGUUACGACUCUGUUGCCAGAAUGGGAGGAUGGAAACUUCUACCUGGCCAAAUACUAUGACAAGGUGAUGCCCAUGGUCACUGACAACAAACUGGAAAGACAAGGCAACCUCAUCCGUUAUAUUGUCACUUAUUUUGGAAAAGCUUUGCAGUUUGGCAAUCAGUACAUCUAUCAAGCCAUGCCGAGAAUGCUUACGUUAUGGCUGGACUUUGGUGCCAAGGUUUAUGAAUUUGAAAAAGCUGGCCGCUCUGACCGAGUCCAGAUGCGUACUGAGCUUACGAAGAUCAAUUCCGUGAUCAGCGACCACACUAGCAACCUCUCGCCCUACCAGUUCCUCACAGCCUUUUCCCAGCUCAUCUCCAGAAUCUGCCACUCCAGCAACGAGGUCUUUGCUGUUCUCAUGGAGAUUGUGGCCAAAGUAUUCUUAGCUUACCCGCAACAGGCCAUGUGGAUGAUGACUGCUGUGUCAAAGUCCUCCUAUCCGACUCGAAUGAACAGAUGUAAGGAGAUCCUGAAGAAGGCCAUCAGUCUGAAUGACUCAUUUAUGAAGUUUAUCGGAGAUGCCAACAGACUGACUGACAAGCUGUUGGAGCUCGGAAAUAAACCAGUGGAUGGGAACAGCAGCACCCUCAGCAUGAGUGUCCACUUCAAAAUGCUGAAGAAACUGGUAGAAGAGCCCACCUUCAGUCAGAUCCUCAUCCCGCUGCAGUCUGUCCUCAUACCCACCCUGCCAUCCACUGGCGGAGCAAACCCCAAACAUGACGCCUUUCCCGGACACUGGGUUUACCUCUCCGGCUUUGAUGACACAGUGGAGAUUUUGGCGUCCUUGCAGAAGCCGAAAAAGAUCUCACUCAAGGGCUCGGAUGGAAAAUUCUACACCAUGAUGUGCAAACCCAAAGAUGACCUAAGGAAAGACUGCAGGCUGAUGGAGUUCAACUGCCUCAUUAAUAAGUCUUUGAGGAAAGAUGCCGAGUCUAGACGGAGGGAUUUGCGCAUUCGGACGUACGCUGUGAUCCCUCUAAAUGAAGAGUGCGGAAUAAUCGAGUGGGUGAACAAAACAGCAGGCUUACGCCACAUCCUCACGAAACUGUAUAAAGAGAAAGGGAUCUAUGUCAGUGGGACAGAACUGAAGAAGCUCAUUUUGCCAAAAACAGCACCUUUUCAGGAGAAGCUGAAGCUGCACAAAGAUGUGCUGUGUGCCAGACACCCUCCAGUGUUUCAUGAGUGGUUCCUGCGGACCUUUCCUGAUCCCACCUCUUGGUACAACAGCAGGUCUGCGUACUGCCGCUCUACUGCCGUCAUGUCGAUGGUGGGUUAUAUCCUUGGACUCGGAGAUCGACAUGGAGAAAACAUUUUGUUUGAUUCUUUUACCGGCGAGUGUGUCCAUGUGGAUUUCAACUGCCUUUUCAACAAGGGGGAGACGUUUGAUGUUCCUGAGGUGGUUCCUUUCCGGCUCACCCAGAACAUGGUUCAUGCAAUGGGGCCCAUGGGUACAGAGGGCCUGUUCAGACAGGCGUGUGAGGUCAUACUAAGACUCAUGAGAGACCAGCGGGAGCCGCUCAUGAGCGUUUUAAAAACAUUCCUGCACGAUCCUUUAGUGGAGUGGAGUAAACCUGUGAAGGGUUUCUCAAAGACUCAAGUCAAUGAAUCUGGAGAGAUCCUCAAUGAGAAGGCUAAGACUCAUGUACUGGACAUUGAGCAGCGCCUCCAGGGAGUGAUCAAGAACAGGAAUAAAGUGAUGGGCUUGCCUCUGUCCAUCGAGGGCCACGUGCACUACCUCAUACAGGAGGCCACGGAUGAUAACCUCCUGUGCAUGAUGUACCUUGGAUGGGGUCCUUAUCUGUGAUGAACAUUUGCACUUCAGUCGUAGUCGGAGAUCACAAUUGAACAUAAGCUUUCUGUUUAGCUCUGUACAGUUAUGUUUGUCACUGUUGUUUUCAGUGUUUUUCAGAAGGUAAAUUAAAUUUCAUUUACUUUCAGGAAUUAAAUUUCAUAUGUGUUACAGGUAAAUUAUGAGCACUUGUGCUGUAGAACGAGCAAAUUUUGGAUAAACAUGCAUUAAAGUGCUUGUACGUAA